AUGUCAACGCCCGAAGAGAAAUACGAACUCAUAACCCGCAGACUACAAGAAGUCCUCGGCGGCGACUCGAUAAAAGCCAUUCUGGCGGAAGGAAGGCAUCCGAAAUGUUACUGGGGAACUGCACCGACUGGACGACCGCAUAUAGGCUACUUUGUCCCCUUGACCAAGAUCGCUGAUUUUCUGAACGCGGGUGUUCAUGUGACUAUACUCCUCGCAGACGUUCACGCGUUCCUCGACAACCUUAAAGCCCCACUCGAGCUUGUUGAACAUCGAACGCAAUACUACCAACGCUUACUAACGACUGUCUUCACAUCCCUCGGCAUCCCUACAUCAAAGCUCAAGUUUGUUCAAGGGUCGUCCUACCAACUCACUAAAGAGUAUAACCUCGACAACUACAAACUAUGCGCCAUCGUAUCGGAACAUGAUGCGAAGAAGGCCGGGGCGGAGGUGGUCAAGCAGGUUGAGAGCCCGCUGUUGAGUGGGCUGCUCUAUCCUGGCUUACAGGCAUUGGACGAACAAUACCUUGAUGUUGACUUUCAAUUCGGUGGUGUGGACCAGCGCAAAAUCUUCACAUUCGCAGAACUCUACCUCCCCCGACUCGGCUACGCCAAACGCGCUCACUUAAUGAACACCAUGGUCCCCGGCCUCGCAGGCGGCAAAAUGUCUGCGUCCGACCCCAACUCCAAAAUCGACUUUUUGGAUUCUCCCGAGGUUGUCAAGAAGAAACUGAAAGCCGCCUUUUGCGAGGAAGGAAACGUCGACGAGAACGGGGUGUUGGCGUUCGUUGGGGCGGUGUUGAUCCCCAUCUCCCAACUUCGUCUAUCGCGCCAACAAAGUGAGGAGCUCGAAGCGGGCCUAGGCGACCAACGCCCAUUCAUCAGCAAUGACGCGCCCCCUGGAACCGUGUUCACCAUCGAACGUGACGCCAAGUUCGGAGGCCCAUCGCAUUAUUCCUCCUUUGAGCAUUUGAAGGAGGAGUUUAGGGAAAAGAAGGUCCAUCCUGGGGAUUUGAAAGCCAGCGUGACGAGUGGGAUCAAUCGGCUGCUUGAGCCGAUUCGGAAGGCGUUUGAAGGGGAUGAAGAGUGGAAGCGGAUAGCGGGGUUGGCUUAUCCUGAGGCUGGGAAGGUUGAGAAGAAGAAAAAGGUGAGCUGA